UUGGGCCGGCUUGUGUUGUCUGGGUCGGAAAGCACCCGCAGCCCGCAGCGCGCAGCCACACUUGGUCCUCACCUGCCGAGCCGAAAGGAGUUGAAAGGGAGAGUGUGCCCAGUGCCAGUGCCUGUGACCAGCACCGCCGUGACCGACGUCGUGACCACGCAAAGCAGUGACAGCGCGACAGCGCCGCGGCCAGCAGAGUGACAGUGACAGUGAUAGUGACAGCGAGGCUUCCGUUGGAUUACCGCCUGGAAUGUGCUUCUAGACGCCGUGCUGGCGGCGUGGUGCACCGCGUUCAACAUGAUGGAGGCGUGGAUGGAGGACGUGCGACACUGCGCCCCCUGGAACCGCUGCCAGUCGCAGUACACGGCCGGGGCCUGCAUGCCGCAGACCGAGGUGCCAAUGAUGCCCGGCGACAACUCCGUGCUGGCCCCCCACAUCAAGAAGGAGGUGGAGCCCAACACGUUCCAGGCGUGCAGUCCCUCCAACAGCGAAAUGUACUCGCCGACCACGACAGUCCUGCCCCAGGAGAUGGAGUAUUGCGAAAGUCAAGAAUCACAGAGGUACGAAGUUUCCCAAUCUCACUCCCCAGGCAGUCCUGAUCAACAGUUUUGUUCCUCAACAACACAGUCUAUUGGUGAAUCAAUGCUAGGUCACAUUGAGGAAGGUAUGAAGGAGGAAGAUGUUCCCCGCCGCCUGUGCCUUGUUUGUGGGGAUGUUGCCUCGGGAUUUCACUAUGGUGUAGCUUCUUGUGAGGCUUGCAAAGCAUUUUUCAAGAGAACUAUUCAAGGUUAUUGUGGCAUAAGGAACAUUGAAUACACCUGCCCAGCAGCCAAUGACUGUGAAAUCAACAAAAGGCGCCGUAAGGCAUGUCAGGCUUGCCGCUUUCAGAAGUGUUUGCGAAUGGGCAUGCUUAAAGAAGGUGUCCGACUGGAUCGGGUUCGUGGUGGGCGCCAAAAGUAUCGCCGUAAUCUUGACAUACCCUAUCAGGUGCCAGCUCAUGUGCCAGCGAAGCCCACUCCCACUUUGCAGGAGAAUAAAAUGCUUGAGGCCCUCGCAGCGUGCGAGCCAGAUCCUCUGAUGGUGUCACCCGAGCCCCGUCAGAGCGGCGUCAACCCAGAAACUCGAACAUUGAGCAUGCUCAGUGACUUGUAUGAUCGAGAACUAGUCAACAUUAUUAGCUGGGCAAAGUUGAUUCCAGGUUUCCUGGAGUUACCCCUUAAUGAUCAAAUGAGGUUGCUUCAGAGCACCUGGGCUGAAAUUUUGACAUUGACACUAUCUUUCCGGUCUUUGCCGAGCACAGGGACACUUCGAUUUGCUGAUGACUUCACACUAGAUGAGAAGCAAGCAAGGGAUUGUGGUGCACUUGAGUUGUAUCAACAGUGCACUCAAAUUGUGGAACGCUUGGAGAGGCUAUCAAUUGCCAAAGAAGAGUACUUUUUGCUGAAAGCACUGGUUCUGGCCAAUUCAGAUGUGCGGCUGGAUCAAUUCAAUGUUCUCAAGAAGUUCAGAGACACUAUUCUUUCAGCCCUUGCAGAUUGUGUACUUGUUGUCAGACCAAACAACUCUAUGUACCAUCUUCAACACCUGCUUCUUUGCCUACCAUGUUUGAGACAAGCUGACACAGCAGUACGCCGCUACUGGAGUGGUAUUCAUCGAGAAAACAAAGUCCCUAUGAAUAAGCUUUUUGUUGAAAUGUUGGAAGCAUGUGUACGAUAAUAAGUUUGUGAAGUGGCCUAACUCAUAAUUGGUCCAGUACUUAUUGCACUGCUAAUUUUCGUAGUCUUACAUAGCUGUGUGAAUGUCAGCUAUUUUCACUUCUAUGUGUGAAUAUUGCUGUCUGCAAGAAAAUUGAUAUGUCAUGUUUCCAGCAUAUGUAUCAUGCAGUUCACUGUAGUGAACUUACACAAAGAUUUUUCUUUGCACUGAAGCAUAGACAUGAACUUGAAGUGCAAUUUUUCAACCUAUGCUGUAAUCAGAUUGUAAUUAGCCUUUGAGUUAACUGUCUUUGCUAUAAAGACUAAAUGCAAGAGUCAUGUCAUAUGUAGAUUGAAAGAGUAUCUACCAGAAAGCACUAACCAUUAAUGUGUAGCGCAUACUAACUUCAUGUGAUAUUGCUUCUAGCUCUAUGUACUAGGUAUCAUCAGAUCUUAAUAGCUGUGAAUGAAUUAUUUGCGUUGACUGUGCAGGAAAGCUCAGCUUUGCCUGUGUCGUGGUCUCAGGGAAGGGGGCAUCAAAUGUGUGUGCUAUACCACCUAGCUCAUGGUUUUUUUUGUCAAUUUGGUAUUGAAUGUACACUUACAAUAGUAAUAAUUGUUGCUUUUUACUGCAUCAAAACAAAAGAUGAUAUGCAGUUUAAGAUCAAAAUUUUAGUUUAAAACCUGUUUUUGAAAUUUUUUAAGAAGAUAUUACUUAGUGAGUCAACUGCCAUCUGAAUGUGUUCUGUAACACAUUACUGCCAAAUUUAUGAAGUGGGUGAUUUUCGUGUGUGCUGGACUUUUUCCUGUGUUUAUCUUAUCAAUGGACAGCCAAAGCCCAUUGACUUUGGUGCCCCCAAAUUCUAUUUCUGUAUUGAAAAUAUAAUAAAUAAUUUAUAUUGGUUGACAUGAGGGAAAUAUGAAUUGGAUCUUAGUCAUUAGGGACUGUGCAGCCUGCUUUCAGGGAGCACAUGUGUAUCUUUUGUAUGCGGGAAUGAAUUUAUCUUAAGAAACAAGCAAGAAUACACAUCCCUUUACUAAGCACAUAUUUUUAAAAAUGCUUUGAAAUGAACUGACGUAAAUUCAAAUUUUGAGCGUGUAUGCCUUGCUAUAGAAAAUAGAUACCUUUAUUUUGUCUCACAGUGAGAGUAUCAUAAGCAAUAAGUGCACACAUUGCUUCAUUAUUUAAAAGUUAUCAUGGUUAUUUGACUAUGAAGUUUUAUCAAACAAUGUGAAAGGAAUUUCAAUCACAUCCUCUUAGAAGUGAAGUGUUCUGCUGAAGCUUCUAAUCCCAUGAAUGCUCUUCUAUGGCAGCACAUGUGUUCCUCCACUGUUUGAUGAUUAUCAGCAUCAGCUUUCAGCCUCUAAGUGGAAGUCUCAUGGCUCAUAUUUUUCUCUUCCAAUUUUUUUAAAUUAACAAAUCUAAGCAGCAGAAAAUCCCUUACCUGUUAUGAGCUCUGUUAUCAUCAUGAGCGUUUUUAUGAGAGACCUUUAAUUAUUUUUUACCCCUCAGUAAUUAAAAGAGUCACAUUUUGUAUUAGAAGAAACAUAUUUUUUGUAAGAACAUAUCAUGUGAAAGGAUUGGAUUUUGGUGUAGGUGAUUGGUUGUUUGUUGUCUGUGAGUGUUGUGUGCCAAAUGUGGUGGGACAAGUUUGAUAGUGAAAAUACUCUGCCGCUUGUGAUUGAUUGAAAGAGUAUUUAUUCGAUUACAGUACAAAGAUCAGAAGAGCGCCUUCCUAGCUAAUGUAAGGUUUUUGAAAGUUUGUGAUUGGAUUUCAAUUGUAGUCCUGAGAAAUAUUUUGAAUGUGCCUUCACAAAGGGAAUCUUAACAAAAUUUAAAUACCUCAUAAAUUCUUUUAAAUUAUUUCUGUACAUUAUUACUAUGUAACCUUGCUUUGAUAGAGUUGUAGCAACUUUCCUGUAGUCAUACUGAUGUAGUACAAAUGCUUUGUUUUUUCUUUGAUCUGGAGCUUUGCUUUCCAGUGUCUCUAUGAAUCCCAAAUACGUGACUAUUUUCAUCAGAACCACGUGUCUGUUAGUUCAUGUAGGUAAUACAUAAUUCAUGCAAAGUCUAUAUGAAGCCUAUACAAAGAGUAUUCAGCCACUCGUGUGAUUUUUGAAAAAUAAUUUGUACAUUCUUUUAUCAUUAAAAACGUUCAGUAAAGGCUGUAGGGCAUCUCGUUGUUACUUUAAAAAUUGUUUCUUUUGUUUUCUUUUCAUUCUUUCAGAUAUAUUUUCUUUGGUUGUCUGUUUCAGUCAUCUUUGAAUUUUAUGUGUGCUGUCAUUUGCUUUAUGCUGCAAAUUCAUACUAUAUAAUACGUGUAUUAGAUCAAUGUAUAUAUGAAAUUAAAAACUUUGUUAUUUACGUAAUGAAUGUGCUACAGUGCAUACCUUGUAUGCGCUGUGCAUAUGAACAGUUUGUAGCUAAACAAUUAAUUGCUCUAAAAUUAGACCUUUCAUUUUGCAAGGAAGGGUUCGAUUUUAUAGUGGAUGUAUCCAUUUGUUUAGCAAUCUUGUUGAUUGUGUUUUGUGUUUUAUCUCUCGCCCCCCUUCUAUUUUUGAAGAUUGUUAAUAGUGUAAAUAAUCAUUUGUAAUUUGUAACUUCCCUUACCAAGUUCUGUGAAAUGUUCAAACGAUUAAUUUUUGAGAAUUUGUUUCCUUUGUUUACAGUGGUGAAAAAUGAUUGUAUGAACAACCACUGAGUGAAAAUCAUAAAGCAGCUGAAAGUGGCUCAUUGUUUUAAUUUGAUUAUCAUUUAUGCACUCAAAUCUGUGAUCUCUAUCUCUUGAUAUGUUAUUCACAGAACUUAGGUAAAAUGAUGUGAUAGAGCAUUUUAGGAACUUACUUUCGUUCACCUCAAUGAUACAAAAGUCUAGCCCAAAGUUUUCUUCUUCUUUUUUUAAAAAAUUUUUGAAUUAGUUGCUGUGAAUAUUUCUGUUAUUAAUGACUUAGUUCUGAGAAUUAGAUCCCCUUUACCGUUUAUGUUAAUAUUAGUGUUUGUAGAUACCUCUGGCCAUAUCUACAAUAAGGUUUAUUUAAUUCUUAAACAUAAUUAUUGAGUGCACAAAUAUAAGAAAUCAUGCUAUGUAGUUAAAAAUUUGUACAACUCUCCUCUUGUUAUCUAGUAUUUGUUAUUGAAUGGAGAGUUAUUGAGUCCUUAAGUGAAACAAUGUAUUUGUUGAUUGUGGUAAGUGGCAUUUACCCAUGUGUGUGGCUAGCUGUGUGUAUUGGUAUGAAUGUACCUGAGCUCUGUGUAUACGUAUAAAUAUCGAGCAAGAUUGUGAGUAGGCAACGUUUGUCGAGUACAUGUGUGUUAUUGCGAAUGGUCAAAGUUAAAUUCAGCUUGUCUGAAGCUACUAUUUUCUUUCAAAGUUUGAUGUUAUGAAAGAUCAUCUACCUCAUUAAGAAUUGUCUCUCUGGGGAGGAAAGGGUUUGAUGGAAAGACAAUUUGAGAUUUCGUAUAAUACAGAUACAAUGUUAGUCUAGCAUGUUGUCGUGCAACUUGAGCAGGAAUUGUUUAAAAAGGUUAGCUAGCAAAUUUAUGCAGUAGUAGUUUAUUUCUAAGCAGAGAUCUAAUUUUAUUUUUCAGCAUACUCUGAAGUAGAUUGCUACAAGCAAAUUAAAGUCAAUUUUGCUCUUGAAUCUUACAAAUUCUUAUCUGGCUGUCUGUAGUGUGACCCUCAUUACUUGUGUGUAGUAAAAGCAAAAUCUACCACAUUUUAUCAUAGGGUGUAUCAUUGAAGACCAUGCUAGCUGUGAAUGCACCCUCAAUAUCCCUUUGCCCAAAGUAUUUGUCUUCUGUCUGUUGAUCCCAUCUCUGGGCCACAGCUACGCAUUAAUCUGAAGUUUAAGGGUAUUAUGUUUGUGUUUCAUUUGGCAAUUAGGUGUGCGGACCACAAUGGAUGAUUUUCGAAGGCUGCCAUUCUGACAGCUUGAAAGUCAUCAAAGAUUUGCUACUGAAACUAUGCAGCUCACUGUCCUUACUGUUGUUCCAAGAGCAGGUAAAAUUUAUUUUGGAAAUAUAAUAGCUCAUAUGAAGGAUGUUAAACAUAAUCCUGUUAAAUAAGUUAUUGUUUCCAUUUUAACUUGCCUUCUUACCAUUAAAAUUACCUGAUAGAAUUAUGUAGUAUGUUGUAAAGUAAAUAUUUUAAAUAAUGUUUUGUCUCAACCAAGUGUUAAUUGACUCAAAAAUAUUUUUGCUCUGAUUUCCUGUGCUUCAUGUUGAACAAGUGAUAAGCUGGCCUUUCACAUUAAUGGGGGAUUAAUACAAUAAUAAGAGCGCACUGCAAUUACUGUAUAUUGGGAGCACUGAAACAUAUGUAAGCUGGUCCUGAAAUGGUCGGCUAUGCUAAUUAUGAUGUGGUUACUACAGGGAAGUUGCUGCUUGUGCACUUUUCAUUACACUACAUUGCUGUAUGAUCAUGAUUGAAUUCUCUCAAUCUCUCUUUAAUAUAGGUGGUAUGUAUCUGUUGGACAUACUGUGGUUGAAAAUGCCAUAAGCAUCAAUGAGACACUGUUGUAUGACCAUGACCUGCCACUUAUAUCAUUAAAACAAAACUGUCAAAAGUA